AUGGCUUCUCAAUUACCCUAUCGGCGGCCACGGAUGCGCAAGUCUCGCGGCCGCGGGUUGCGGACCAAGAAUGGAUGCAUUACCUGUCGUAAGCGACAUCUGAAGUGUGAUGAAAUCAAGCCCAUUUGCGGCCCAUGCGUCAAGAAAGACAAGACUUGUGAAUAUCCGGCGUCAGGCCGUCGCAGUAAUGACAGCCCAGCAUUCGAGCGGGCCAUUGCCGAUGCUGUUCCGGUGUCAGGCCAAGAGCCAACAGCAUCCCCGGGACAAGCCAGCGCUCAUGUACUGAAUAACCCCUCCCCGGAAAUAGCAUCUUACGAACGACAUGAGCCACCAGGUGUGGGCUGGAGCUGUUCAGAUGCAGACACCAAUCCCCCUCCGCCAACGGUCCUGGAUCAAUUGUCUACCGGCCAGAGCCCCAUUGCCUUUCAGCAUAACUAUCUGUCUCCCUCAAAUGCGUCUUUUGCAGCAGUAAGAUGGUUUGGGCUGUUAGCGAGUGAUGCUGCAAGGGACAGCCCACAGCUGCCCUCUAUAGAGAAUUCCCAUGGAACUCAAAGCCAUUCAGUCGAUCACUUGAGAAUUGAUGGUCUGAGUCAGCCCUAUUCGCUACAAUACGCGACACAGGUGCUUGAUAGUACCCUUGAUUCCGGCGCGAGCAAUGGUCCAACAGGUCAUCAAGAAGGUAGUGCCGUAGAAGAGGAACUAAUUUGGCAGUCACGGGAGGCAAUAGAGCUUCUGCCUACCGAACAUGCUCUGUUCGGACACUUUAUCAAUCAAAUAUAUAAUGCGGGACUCAUGAAUGCCAUACUCGCCCUCGCAUUCCGACACUUAGCACUGAAUCCCGGCCUGGACCAAGAGAAUAUGCCGAACAAAGAAGCCGCAGCUCUGCAAUACUACUAUCAAACACUACACUACGUCCAGCGAGCCAUGCGGUUUUCUAGCUACAAGACCAGCCUAGAACUCCUCGCGACCGCACUAAUUAUCUCCGCUUAUGAAAUGCUCGACAACUCCACCAACGACUGGGAACGGCACCUUGAAGGCGUCUUCCUCAUACAAAGGUCCCAGACCAUCCACGGCGAGUCUGGUGGACUACACUCCGCCGUAUGGUGGGCCUGGCUCUGCCAGGAUAUCUGGGCGGCAUUCCGCGAGAAACGCAAAACAUUGACGUUUUGGAUUCCACAGAAGCCGUUAUCCGCGCUUUUGCCGCACGAACUCGCUAUGCGAGCUAUUUAUAUUACAGCGAAGGUGAUUAGUUACUGCGCAGAGAGUACCACUGAGGAGAAUAGACGGCGUCGAAUCGAUGAUGCGAACCGCCUUCGUGCUAUGCUCGAGGACUGGCGACAGCACCGGACCGUGGAGUUCUCGCCCUUGCCGCUCGGUAGGCGUGAGCAUUCAUCAUACUUUCGACCGAUUUGGAUACGUCCUGCAGCGUUUGGACUGGCAGUUCAAUUCUUCAGCGCGUCGUGUAUUCUCUUACUGGUGCAUGAGCCCAGUAUAGGAGGACUGGACCAGUACCUCGAACGCCAAAGUGCCAUCAAGCAUUACGUGGAAGAUAUCUGUGGGAUUGCGAUGACUUUGAGGGAUAAUGCAUCUAGCUUGAUGUCCUCUCAGGCUGUAUUCAUAGGUAUGUGA